CGCCCCCGCGCGGCCGCGCCCCCCUCUCGUCAUAAUCGCGAGUGGGUUUAAACUCGACUUGUUGUUUUUCUCGUUAAUCCUCCUCCUCCUCCUCGUUUUGGACCAUUUCUCCAAUCUCGCGGAGGAGGGCAUGGCGGAUUCCAAGGGGGGCGGUGGCGCCGCCGCCGGCGACAAGCCCGGCGCCGACGCGAACCCCGCCACGAAUCCGGCCCCGCCCCCCGUCGCCGCCGCUGCCGGAGGAGACAGCGACGCGGCCGCGGCCACGGAGGCGGAGGCGGAGGCGGAGGCGCGGCGGCCGUUCACGGAGCUCAGCCAGGUCGACGCGGACCUCGCCCUGGCCCGUGUGCUGCAGGAGCAGGAGCGGGCGUACAUGAUGCUUCGCAUGGGCGGAGGCGUCGGCGAGGGCAGCGAUUACGGGAGCUCGGAUGCCGGGAGCUACGAGUACGACGACGAGGCCGAGGAGGACUACGAGGAGGAGCUGGACCACCACCUCCGCGUCCACCACCAUGAGCACCCGGUUGGGGAGGGUGCUGUCGAGGGGCAGCGAGAGGGAGAUGGGGGCGACGGAAGCGAGUACGACGAGGAGGGGUUCGACGAGGAGUAUGAGGAGGAAGUUGGGCCAGAGCUAGACCCCGCAGAGUAUGAGGACGAUGAGGCUUACGCUCGAGCGCUGCAAGAUGCCGAGGAACGCGAAGUAGCUUCUCGACUUAUGGCUCUCGCUGGGAUCAGCGAUUGGAGAGGUGUGGAGCCUGAUGAGGAGCAUGUGAAUGAUCCACAGGAUGCAUGGCAAGAGGUUGACCCAGACGAGUACUCUUAUGAGGAAUUAGUUGCAUUGGGAGAAGUGGUUGGUACACAAAACAGAGGUCUCUCUGCUGAUAUACUUGCUUCUCUACCUUCACUAACUUUCAAGGCCAAAGGUGCCCAAGAUGGCAACAGUGAGCAAUGUGUUAUUUGUCGUGUGGAAUUUGAGGAUGGUGAAUCUUUGAUUGCACUCCCCUGCAAGCAUUCGUACCAUCCUGAGUGCAUAAACCAGUGGCUUCAAAUAAAUAAGGUAUGCCCUAUGUGCAGUUCUGAAGUUUCCACAUCGGACAACAAGCAGGCAUGACCGUCUUGCUGCCAUUAUGGGGCUUAAUGGGAAUAAGUAGCGGCAUCAUGGUAGUAUCUAUAACCUUGGGGGAAAGCGGAUAAA